UUAGUCCUUAAAUUUCUAAGCAAAUGUUUGUAUUUAUGAAUCAUAUCCAAAGUAAGGCGGAAAUUGUAGCGUCUGAAUACGAUUAUGGCUUCAUUUCAAUUGAAUAUGUCCAAAUUCAUAUAAUACUUAUACAAAUAUUCAUCCGCCUCGUGAAGCGGAAUAGUUUAAGUUUAAAGAUGGCGGGAGAAAACGGCGACUCAAUCCGUGAUUGAGAAAAUAGUCAGCAUUUUAUCUACCUCCCGUAUUGACAGACUGUAUUACGGGCUUCAUUGCAGAAUGAGUUCCAGAGAAAGUAGCACAAGCCCUGCCAGAGUGGGAGGGUUGAGAGGUGGUGGAGAGAAGGGUUCUCCCAGUCCUACACGUAGUCGACGGAGUGAGUCCAAGUCACGCACCCCAACACCCCUCAAAGGUUUGAAGUCAGAGACAAAGAGAGCAAGCAUCCCACCUAGUCAAAACUUUACUGAGUUAAAAGCUGCUUUGAAUAAACCUGUCAAACAAAUGGACAUGGGCAGCCCGCCUGCUCCACCUAGGAGAGAAACCAGAGCUGCUGUUUCCCCACUAAGUCAGUCCAGACAGAAAGUUCGACAGGUAGCACCACCUACAACGAGUACUGAUCUAUCACCCUUAUCUAGUAAUGGGACAAUGCCAUUAAAGGCAAAUAAACUUAAAGAGAAACAGGGUGUUGGUAGCAUUUCUUCUAUGGUGGGAGAAACUCCAGUGAGAAUGAAGGCAAAAUCUGGCAAGACUGAUACAUCCAGUGCUGGUGAGCGAGAUGAUGAGUCCACUGACACUGACACCACAGAGAUCUACUUUAAAACUAGCAUAAGGAGAAGUCCAAAGUCCAGAGCUGACAAACAUCUUUUGAAUGGCAAUGCUUCUAGCUAUUCCUCCUCUUCAUCAGACGGGGAAUCUGUCUAUGAUGAUGAUAAGUCAGACCGUUCUCAGGUGAAAGUGAAGAAGCGGAAGUCAUCUAAAGGCUCUCCUAAAUCCCCAGUGGCCAAAAGAUUGAGAACAUCAGACAUGGAUAAAAAUGUCAAGGUUACGCCAACAAGAAGAGCCAAAACUGAGGGCAUGGCACGUUCGGCAAGCAUGAAGAAAAUACGCAAGAGAAGAAUCAUUUCAUCUGUGUGCAAUGGCAAACAUGCUGCUGGUGACUCCACAACUUGCACAGAAACUGAGCUUGAUACUGAAAAUGAGUCUGAAAGUCGCAGGAGAAGUAAGGCUGGGUCUACGCACAGUACAGACAAACCCCAGGACGACAAGACUUUCUGGGAAGGACAGGAAGUGUUGGUGACUUGGAGUGACGGCCUGUUGUAUCUGGGAACUUUACUGAAGGUGGACUCCAAAGUAGAGAAAUGUUUUGUGAAGUUUGAGGACGACUCCUGUUAUUGGGCAUUGUUUAGGCACAUACAGAGAGGGCCCAGCCAGGGAGAGAUCCAUUGUUGUACUUGCCAAGGUGAAACCUCCGAACAACCCAACGAGAUAGUGCUGUGUGACAACUGUGGUCUGGGUUAUCACCAGGAGUGCCACAUCCCACCAAUAGAGAGUGAUAUUCUGAAGCCUGAUGUCCCUUGGCUGUGUAGGCAGUGUGUAUUUGCUACCAGUUACAAGAAAGGAACGUAUCAAAGAAAGGGUCCCUUGAAACCAGUAAAAAGAGUUUUGCCAUAUGCUAUGAGCACAUUAAACUGGGACACCCAGCACAAGACCAACAGUGACCAGAGAUACUGUUAUUGUGGGGGACCUGGGGACUGGUACAUGAAAAUGUUGCAGUGUUGUCGUUGUCGGCAGUGGUUCCAUGAGGCAUGUACCCAGUGUUUGAGCUACACCUUGCUGUAUGGGGACAGGUUCUACAUUUUUGUCUGCACUAUGUGUAAUGGAGGCAUUGAGUAUGUCAAAAGACUGGAACUCAAAUGGAUGGAUGUGGCCCAGCUUGCCUUGUUCAACCUUACACUGCAGCACAACAAGAAGUAUUAUGACUUUGAUGAGAAUUUUAUGCCCUGGAUAAACCAGAACUGGGAGAGACUACAGGUCAACCAUCUGGACAGUACCACCCGUGGUGAGAGGGCCAGAACCUUGCUGGAAACACUGCAGGGGAAUAAAACGAGGUUUGCAUGGGGGCGUGAAAUCAAGAAGAAAGUGACUUUAUGGGGUCUGAGGGUGCGCCUUCCUCCCCCAGCUCCCACCGUUAUUCUCCCAGAAGAUGGACAAAUAACAGAUGAAGUUAUGAAUAACUUGCAAAUGAAAGGCCGAAAAACAAAAACUUUUGUGCCAAUUGAAAGCAACUCGCCCAUACCCCUAAAGCACCCAAAGCACCCUAAAAGAAAGUGUGACAGUGAAGAUGUAGAGGCAAGAACUAAACUAGCCAAGGAUAUGUUGAUGAAGGCAUAUGCGAAGGGAAAUAUGCGCAGAUUUAUCAGUGCCAACACUACCUACAAAGGUUACAACGGAAACAUGUCUGUGUACGAUUUCCAUGACGAGGACUCGGAUGUUGAUACCAACAACAACGACGAUGACGAGAGCGAAUAUUUGGAAACUUCAUCCCAGAGUGCUCUUGAUUACUUCAUUCCUCGCCCCAGUAGCUACGAGGGAUACAAUCACCCUUUCAAGACUGUUGUGGAGAGAAAUAAAGAAAUAGAACAGAUAGAAUUAAAGGCGAGGAUUUUAGAUUGGUACCAAAAUGGGGCCACUGAGAGCGAGCAGUCGCAGGAAGAGGAAGACGAAGGGGAGUCCGUUUUUUCAGAUCUCCAAACCGGGCAGACCGUCAUGGCGUCAGCUUCGUAUGUUGCUACUGGCAGGACGAAUGGACUAGUCGCCACGCCCCCUACCUCAAUAAACGGCAGCCCGAGGAAGAAACGCGGGCGAAAAUCUCGAGCUGAGAAGCUUCGCCUCGAGGCAUUGGCUCAUCUUGAGGCGCAGGCAAAAGAGGUGCCACAGUCUCCCAACAGGGGACGUUGUCGUAACUUAUCACAGCCACCUGUCCGAGAACAACAAACUCAGCUAUUCACCAACGCCGUGGAUCCAGCUCAAAUCAACGGCGUGCGCAAAACUGAGGUGAAUCUCAAUCACUUAAAGAACAGUGUAAAGAACUAUUUCGGUGCCGUGGAUAGACUGGCAAAGGGAGAGCGUUUCACUGUGCUGGCCAGAAGGGUGACGCCAGAUGGGAGAGUGCAAUACCUCGUGGAGUGGGAAGGCAUGGCGCCUUAAAGGAAAAACUGCUAUAACAGCUAACUAGAAAAAAAAAACUAUACAAAGAAUUUUUGUAGUUGCUAUAAACCUGUGACUUAAAACAAAUACCGUGAAGGUUGUUAAUGAUGUUUUAACGCAGCCAAACGAAUUGUGCAGACAAUUUUUUUUUACAAUCCCGGUACCUUCCGGUACUGCAUCAAAACGGUGGCAGUUCUUAAACCUGGUGGGGACUGACGAUCUCUUAUUCACCAU